AGAGCCAGGCGGUCCUCGCUUCCCUGCGCCCGACUUCUCAUAGGCUGGGAAAGGAAAGGUUAAGAAACUUGACAUUGUCUCGGCCAGAGUGCGUGUAGCAACAGAUCAAAGAAAAAGAGGACGAAAAAACGUGCUCUUGGCUGCCUGUGGAUUGCGCCGGGGUCGCUUUUGUCUUGCGGGCUUCUGUUGGCUUUGGUGUCUGCACUCGGAAGGCUGCGGCGUGCGCUUCCACGCAGCUCGCUCCCUGCCGGAUGGGUCAUGGAAUUCUAAACAUGAGGCAGAUAGCUGAUCAGCUUCCUUGGAUUUUGCUGAUGACACCAGAGAGCUUUGCCUGAAGAUGGAAACGCUGGAGUCGGAGCUGACCUGCCCUAUUUGUCUGGAGCUCUUUGAAGACCCUCUCCUGCUGCCCUGCGCACACAGCCUCUGCUUCAACUGCGCCCACCGCAUCCUGGUGUCGCACUGUGCCACCAACGAGCCUGUGGAGUCCAUCAGCGCCUUCCAGUGCCCCACCUGCCGGCAUGUCAUCACGCUCAGCCAGCGAGGUCUAGACGGGCUCAAGCGCAACGUCACCCUGCAGAACAUCAUCGACAGGUUCCAGAAAGCAUCAGUGAGCGGGCCCAACUCCCCCAGCGAGACCCGCCGGGAGCGGGCCUUUGACGCCAACACCAUGUCCUCUGCCGAGAAGGUCCUCUGCCAGUUCUGUGACCAGGAUCCUGCCCAGGACGCUGUGAAGACCUGUGUCACUUGCGAAGUGUCCUACUGUGACGAGUGCCUGAAAGCCACUCACCCGAACAAGAAGCCCUUUACAGGCCAUCGUCUGAUUGAGCCAAUCCCGGACUCGCACAUCCGGGGGCUGAUGUGCCUGGAACAUGAGGAUGAGAAGGUGAAUAUGUACUGUGUGACCGAUGACCAGUUAAUCUGUGCCUUGUGUAAACUGGUUGGGCGGCACCGCGAUCAUCAGGUGGCAGCUUUGAGUGAGCGCUAUGACAAAUUGAAGCAAAACUUAGAGAGUAACCUCACCAACCUUAUUAAGAGGAACACAGAACUGGAGACCCUUUUGGCCAAGCUCAUCCAAACCUGUCAGCAUGUUGAAGUCAAUGCAUCCCGUCAAGAAGCCAAGUUGACAGAAGAAUGUGAUCUUCUCAUUGAGAUCAUUCAGCAAAGACGACAAAUUAUUGGAACCAAGAUCAAAGAAGGGAAGGUGAUGAGGCUUCGCAAACUGGCCCAGCAGAUUGCCAACUGCAAACAGUGCAUUGAGCGGUCGGCCUCCCUCAUCUCCCAAGCAGAGCACUCUCUAAAGGAGAACGACCAUGCCCGCUUCCUGCAGACUGCUAAGAAUAUCACUGAGAGGUGAGUGCAGGGGC